GGAUAUGCGCAGACCGGUCAAGAAAAUGUUCCCAAAAACUUGCUAUUGCUAACUUGCUUCAAGAGCUGCGAAGAAAGGAACCCAUACAUAUCAACGGCACUUCGCGUAAUCGCAGUAGUUGCGGCAUAUUUUCGGAGACAGGUUUAUUAUUUUAUACGUUAGUAAAUGUUUGCUACGCUGGGCUUUUCUGGUGAAUAAGCAGGGCGCGCGAGCUUGUUAUCUUGCUAUAAAUAAAGAAGGCUUUUUGGCGCGCGUGCAGACUCCGCAAGGCACGAGGAAAGUGGUCUGUCGAUUGUAGAGGCAUUUAAAAAAAUUCAGCCUGCCAUGGGGAAGAAACAGAAUGCCAAGACCAAGAAAGAGGCGGAGCCUGUGGAGGAGUUUGUGGUGGAGAAGGUGAUGGACCAGCGCAUCGUGAACGGGAAGGUGGAGUACUUCCUCAAGUGGAAAGGCUUCACAGAUGCGGACAACACCUGGGAGCCGGAGGAGAACCUGGACUGCCCCGAGCUGAUCCAGGCCUACCUGACGGCCCAGGGCCCGGCCGGCGACCAGGCCGCCGCCGCCGCCAUCGCCAUCGACUCCAACAAGCGCAAGAGCUCCGAGGAGCCGGAGGCCGAGGAGGCCAAGGCCAAGAAGAAGAAGGAGCUGGUUGAGAAGCCUCGUGGUUUUGCGCGUAACCUGGAUCCGGAGCGGAUCAUCGGAGCCACAGACAGCAGUGGGGAGCUGAUGUUCCUGAUGAAGUGGAAGGACUCUGAUGAAGCAGACCUGGUCCCAGCGAAGGAGGCAAACACGCGCUGCCCCCAGGUGGUCAUCGCUUUCUACGAGGAGCGUCUCACCUGGCACUCCUGCCCAGAAGAUGAGCAGCAGUAGCCCCGCCCCUGUCCUGCCCAUGUCCCUCCCAAAGCCCUGCCCACACCUGGCCCUCCCGCCCAGGCCCUGCCCACACCUGGCCCUCCCGCCCAGGCCCCGCCCACACCAGGCCCCGCCCCAGGGCCCUGCCGUCCUCUCGUAGUUUUGUAGCUCAACUUUCGUUGUUUUAUGUUUCCGUUUCAUCAGGGCACUUCUUGGCUUGUGAAGGUGCGGAGUCUUCCCGCUGGCCGACUGCGUUUUGUACAUAUUUUAGCGUCGGUGUGUGCGUCACAGACAGGGGGAGGAUGGGAAAUGUAGUACACAGCUGCUGGGGUGCGCUGCUUCGAACUCCAUUUCCCAUCAGGACUUGAAGUGCUCAGCCCCGCCCCACUCUGCCCUGGUUGCUAUGGAGAUGUCCAUAACACAGUUUCUGGUGGGUGGAGUCUGUGGGAGGACCCCUCCCACCAUCAUGUAGGGUCUUAUUUUAUAUUAUCGUUUCCGCGAUUAUUUCAGUACAAAGGUUUUUUUUUUUUUUUGGUUUUUUUUGGUCCGUAUCUGCGCUGUAGGAAGCUGGAGUGGGUGUCAUUUGUUUUGUUUUUAUAGUUUCUUUUUUGUGUUGGAUACUUGAAUCCUGUUGAAGGUGGCGGCUCAGUGGCGUCACCCUGUAUAUAUUUUUGCAGCUGUUCAAUAAAAGCUUUCUACUGCUCGUUUUA